GCGCCGCGGGGGGGGGGCGGGGCCUGCAAGCGCCUAUAAAAGUGCGAUGUUGCGCGCGCGGCCGGCUUAGUGCGGCCGGGCAGGCGUGACGUUGUGAGCGUUUUCGUAGCGGUUGUCGUAGUUAGCGUGUAGCGGAGCGGGGCCUCGGGGGGCCUCGCUAGGGCCACAGCGGCCGGCAGUUGGGCCCCCCGCCCCGGCCGGCGGUCCAAGGAGUGCAGGAAGGGGGCCGGGGGGACCCGCCCCCGGACUGCCGAAGUCAUGAACUCGAACGUCGAGAAUCUGCCUCCGCACAUCAUCCGCCUAGUGUACAAGGAGGUGACAACACUGACGGCCGACCCACCUGAUGGCAUUAAAGUCUUCCCCAAUGAGGAGGAUCUCACGGACCUGCAGGUUACCAUCGAGGGCCCUGAGGGCACCCCCUAUGCUGGAGGUCUGUUCCGUAUGAAGCUCCUACUGGGCAAGGAUUUCCCUGCCUCUCCACCCAAGGGCUACUUCCUGACCAAGAUCUUCCACCCAAAUGUGGGGGCCAAUGGUGAGAUCUGUGUCAAUGUGCUCAAGAGGGACUGGACGGCUGAGUUGGGUAUCCGACAUGUGUUGCUGACCAUCAAGUGCCUGCUGAUCCACCCUAACCCAGAGUCUGCACUCAACGAGGAGGCUGGCCGCCUGCUCUUGGAGAACUAUGAAGAGUAUGCUGCUCGGGCUCGACUGCUCACAGAGAUCCAUGGGGGUGCAGGUGGCACCAGCAGUGGGAGGGCUGAGGCUACCCGGGGCGUGGGAAGUGGGGCUACAGCCUCCACUGACCCUAUGGCCCUAGGAGUCCUGGGAGGAGCUGAGGGUCCCAUGGCCAAGAAACACGCAGGCGAGCGAGAUAAGAAGUUGGCAGCCAAGAAAAAGUUGGAUAAGAAACGGGCACUAAGGCGACUGUAGUGGGCUCUUCUCCUUUCUUCUUUCUGUUCUAUCCCCUCCCACUCUGUCUCUAAGUUAUUUAAAUUAUGGCUGGGGUGGGGGAGGGAAUGGGGGGGCACCAGAACCUGGAUUUGGUUUUCUAAAUAAAAAUUGGAAAAGAGUUUCUGUGCCUGAAGAUGUCUAGCCCUCUGCCUAUAUUGUGGCAGAGAGCAGCUCUCGUUCUUAUUUUGACGCCAGUCAUGCAAAGCCACCAAAGCUGUAGCCCCAAAUUAAAAUUGGAAUUACUUUUACCCUGUGGAAUGGAUUUAGAUCUAAACUGGAGCAAGAAUCCAUCUGUUCCCUCGACAACAGUGGUUAUCAACCUUCCUAAUGCUACAACCCUUGCCCAACCAUAAAAUUUUUUUCAUUACUGCAUCAUAACUAACUUUAUUACUGUUACAAAUCGCAAUGUAAAUAGUUUUGAAAAUAAAGGUGAGUUGUGACCCA